GACAAGCACACUAAAAGCUGUUUUGUUUUGUCAUGCCUUGGGCAGCAGCAUUAACGUGAUGAAACGGUCAGCGGUCACUUUGCCGUACAAAGAAAGACUAAUAAAACCCAUCCGAAACACAAAUUUCAUCAGUUUGGUGCAUAGCCAUCGUUGAGCAAGAUAACAGUACAAGGCACUUCCUUUGUCUUAGAGCAGAAAGUCGCCAAAAUGCUCCCGUGUCCGUUCUCAAUGGAACAAGUGAUUUCAGUUUGUGAAUUCCUCCAGAAUAGCGGCGAAAACGAACGUUUGGCACGAUUUCUUUGGUCCUUGCCAAAAGACUCGGAAGAAAUCCAGCAGUGUGAGACAAUCCUUGUUGCAAGAGCAGUUGUGUCCUUCCACCAAAAUAACUUCAAAGAACUUUACAGCAUUUUAGAGAGCCAUAAGUUUUCAAGGCCUGUCCACGAGAAAUUGCAAUGCUUAUGGAGAACUGCGCACUACAUUGAAGCAGAGAGACAGCGUGGAAGACCAUUGGGGGCAGUCGGGAAGUACCGUGUACGCAGAAAGUUCCCCCUCCCAAGGACAAUCUGGGACGGAGAAGAAACAACCUACUGCUUCAAAGAAAAGUCCCGCAGUAUUCUGAAUAAAGCUUACACCGAAAACCCGUACCCUACCCCUAGGGAAAAGUACGAAUUAGCUAAAAUGACCGAUUUGACUGUGACGCAGGUCAGUAACUGGUUUAAGAACAAGCGACAGCGAGURCGAGCAGCAGAAAUGAGAAAGAGAGGUCUGGACCAAGAGCUGUGUCUGAUGAAAAUAAAAGAUACAAGCAGAUCCAUGAUGCACAGCUAUGAUGAGCUGAGAACUCAUUUUCCAUUCCUCAUACCGCAACAAACAGCCAUCCAAUCACAGCCAUCCACCAUGUCUGCGGCAUGUCAUCCASAGUAUGCGCACUCCCAUGCAUUGUCUCAGUAUCAGGUCCCGUAUGCAACUUAUCCGGCAUACGUUUCGGCACAUCCCGUAUGUGGUUUGUCAUCAUACGUGUCUUGUGUGGGUUCCACGAUAACAAGCCCAACAAGACUUACAAAUAGUCCUCACACAGCUGUUAACAUGAGUUCCAACACAAGCGCUUUUCAGCCCGUAGCUCAUUCAAGCCUGGAUCGCACCGAAGAUGAACUGACUUUACACAGAUAUGCUUAUGAUCAUUAGCAGUUUUGAUUUUGUUUGAUUAUUAUCAAUCAUGGUAUUCACGUGGUAGUAUUCACUCAAUGUAGUUUAAUUUUCUWUGUAUAACUUAGGGAAAGGUGUGACUAAAUUACAGAGUUUAUUGUAGCACUCGUUUUUGUUCUAAUUUUCCGGCUAUGCGAGUUGAGUGAUUGAGCUUCAGUCACUUAAAAUGAUUUAUUCUUCUUUUCUAGACAAGAAAUUUUUUGCAUAAAUACUGAAAUCGGUUUGUAUUAUAGGCUAAGGCUGUUAAAAAGAGAAGAAUGAAAACGCAUGGCGAUUGAAAAAAAAAUAUAUCAAAAUAUCUUUUGAACUGAUACGGUCACAAUUUUAAAAUAUUGAGACAAAAAGGUGCUCGUUUUCACCGUAGAAAUAUAGGAAUAGCAUGAAAACAGAUCCUUUGUCAUAAUGGCUGCCGCUUUAUAUGACCAUGCUUGUUUUCAAAUUUUCAUUAUUUCCAUGAAUGAUGAUAAUAGCAUAAAAAAUAAAAUUCGUACGACUUGACAAACGAUCGACGUCUUAUCUGGACCUGAGUCAUCUUAAAGGGCAACUUCGAUGAAAAUUGCAAAACAUUGAAGCCUUGUGGACUUCAAAAAUCUUUGUGGGUCUAAUAAUCAUGUAGAAACAUUAUUUAAUAAGAUAUCGAUAGGAAUUCUUAAGAAUUUUGGCAAAACAUUGUUCUUUUGAGCGAAAAUAUCUCAAGUAGGGACUACUCGAAAACAAAGCCCUGAAAAGGCUUUAUAGGUAUAAAUGAUUCAUAAAUUCGCCAAAUAUUUGAAUAACUCGAGUUUUGAAAUUAAGGCGUUUUCGUACCAAAGGACUAUUCAUAUGACAUCAAGGCUAAAAGUCUUGUGUAUAGGUAUUUAAUUCAUGAAUGGUAAAUAAAAAAAGGUUUGUAGCGCAGUAGAAGCUAGUAGA